ACAUAUGUGAUUUCCGGUUCCGGUCACUGCAGAAUCAUUUCAAACGUUUGGCGCAAAAUAUGGAGAUCUGCUUGAAUAAAGAGGAAGAACAUAGGGUGAAGUUUACGUCGAAAAAAAUUGUGGUCGAACAAAUUAAGAAAUACAAAGAACUACUGAAGAAGGUUUUGAAUGGCCAAUCUCAGCUAUCCGAGGAAGCCAAGCAACUGUUACAGGAAGAGUUGCUGGUGAACUUCGAGACUGCUGUUCAAGAAAACGUGUUGAUCAAUAAUCAGACGUGGGAGGAGGCUCCUGAUGAAGAGGAAGAUGAAUGCAGUGCACUUGACGACCUGCUGGAUGAGAACAUUGUGGAAACGUCUCGGAAACGACGUAAAGGUCCUAAAGAGAUCCUCCCCUAUGUCGUACGGUCGCUAAAAGCGGAGCGUAAACUCAUGGGAAUGUAUGAAGAAGUAGUGAAGCCACAAGAAGUGGGAAAGGACCCAGUACAAGAAACCAUCAUGACCAACUUAUUGGACGCUGCACCUCGUAUGUUUAGGCAAGCUAGCGCAGUAAUGAAGUCUCUCCAGGCAGUGCAGCAGAGGGCCGAGGGCCUGAGACAGGUGCUGAAAAUGCGUCCCACAGCUGAGUCACUGGAAGUGUUCAGGGAGGUGUUGUGCAGCAGGCCCAACGGAGAGGAAAAGACAGCUAGCGGGACCAGACCACCCAUCAAGAGAGCCAUAGAGCAAACAGAACUCAGAAACAACUAUGCUCCUGGUCUAAAGAGGCCAGCCAUUUGUAACAGCAAUGACAAACCUGAGUGAAAGACAUGCCACAUAAUAAAUGCUUCCUGAUCAUGGAACAUGUACUCUUA